AACGGGCCCGGGGGCGCAGAGGGCAGCGUCCAACUGAAGGUAGACAUCCCGCUGCUGCCCGAGGCGCCAGCCGAGCAGCCGCCCCAGCCAUGGCCCGGCGCAAUGCUAGCCUGGCCCCGACGCCUUUUUCCAUCCAAGCCCUCCUCACCAAGAAGGAAGUGGGCGCCGUGCGAGUCGUAGCUGCCGCCCGUCCCUGCCCGCAGAUGCUCCUGCCCGGUCCCGAGGGUACGUCCGCCUGUUGCUGGCGUCUCUUUGACCCGGAGGCCACUACUCUGGGCCCCGUGCUUCAGCCGCCGAAGCCGCCAACACCCCAGGAGCAGCAGCGUUUUGACCCCGCGGCUGCCCGGUCACCCCUCUGGGACUCGGACUCAGUCCUGAGCGAGGAGCAUGACGGCGACAGGGAGGACGACGACGAGCAGGAACCUGGCAGCAGAGAGGGUCACGUGCCCGCUGACUCCCGAAGACCCCGAGAGAGGCUGCACAGUCAGGGCAGAGCCCAAUCCCAUGCGGGAAGAAUCAGCACCGAGCAAGGCCACAUUCCUCAGUCCCCGGAAAGCUGGCCCCCGGGCCGAGGCUCGGGGCCGCCGACAACAGGAGGCGUCAGCCACCCUGAAGAGGAGGACGAGGAGGAGGACGAAGCCAAACACGGCGACAGGGGCUCCAAAGCCCCCUCCGAGGAGGACGAGGCGAUGUCGGCGGGCGUCCCGGCCCCGGUGACAGCCUCGACGGCGUCCCAGAAACCGCGCAAAAAGCGCUCGCGGGCGGCCUUUUCCCACGCGCAGGUCUUCGAGCUGGAGAGGCGCUUCAACCACCAGCGCUACCUCUCUGGGCCGGAGCGCGCCGAUUUGGCUGCCUCGCUCAAGCUCACGGAGACGCAGGUGAAAAUCUGGUUCCAGAACCGGCGCUACAAGACGAAGCGGCGCCAGCUGGCCGCGGACCUCCUGUCCGCCGCGCCGGCGGCCAAGAAAGUGGCGGUCAAAGUGCUAGUCCGUGAUGAUCAGAGGCAGUAUCACCCGAACGAGAUGGUCCGGCCGCCUUCCCUCUUCUCCUUCCAGCCCUCUUACUAUUACCCUUAUUACUGCCUGCCGGGUUGGGCCCUUUCGGCCUGUGCCGCCGCCGGCGGCGGGGGCAUCAAAUGAGGCUCGGGUCCCGGCCGCUCCAGAGCAAAAAGGGAGGGAGGGUAGGGAGACGAGAAGCAAGGAAGGGAGGCAAGGAAGGGAGGCAAGGAAGGCAGGGAAGAGCAGUGGGAGAAAGCUCGGGAGCCGAUCUGUUCUUCCGGCAGCUUUUGCUCUUCUGGCGGUGCCUCUACCGUCCCCCUUUCUUUAUUCAAAACUGUCCAAACGCCGCCGGAGCAGAGUCAAUCCCCUCCUGCCGGCCUCGCUGAACAAUCGAGUAUUUUUCGGGCAACCAAGCUGGCCGUUCUCCUACUCUAGCGCCUGGGAGGCAAUCGGAAAGUGCCCGAACAAGCUUGCUCAGUCUGAUCAAACAGACCACCUUUCCGUCCUCUCUAACGUGGCUGUAUAGGAGAGUUUCCCCGUAGCUUCUGGGCCUGUGAUCUGACUUUCUUGCAGUUAUGGGGCCCAGUUUGGGAAACAAUAUGAUUCUAGCACUUUUUAGUUGUAUUAAAAUCGUUGCGAUUAUAAUUAUUUUUAUAUUUAGUAUGAAUUUAAUACUCGGGCCUUUGAAGGGAAAAAGAAACAGUUAUGGUGGGAAUGUUGAGGCCAUUCGGUGCCUUUUUUCCCUUCUCCCAUUUCGCAGUAAAUGCCCUCCUUUUUUAGGUGGAGAGUUGCAAACAACCAGGACAAUUUACUUCCACUGAAUUGUGAAUAUUUGUCAGUCCAUCCCUUCCUUGUACUGCCCCCAUAAUUUAUAAAAAUCAGUUUAACUUUUGGCAAUUGCUUUGUUUCUUAAUUCUAAAACUGCGCUUCCGCCAGAAAAACUUACGUUUCAGGCCGCGGC